GUACCCUUGUUUACUUUCUUCUUCUUUUUCUCUUCCAUCAUGGAUCUCGAUAAAGACAAGUCUGUCGACAGUGUCCAUGUCGAAGCUACGCCGGGUCCGAUGGAGCCCAUCGAUAUCAAGAAGCCUGAGUACCCCGGUCAGACCCUCGCACAUGAUAUGAGCCUGAAGGAGGCACUCCGCAAUUACCGCAAGGCCAUGCUAUACUGUUUGUUCUUCUGUUUCUCUGCUAUCCUCUGGGGAUACGACAUGCAAGUCAGUGGAGGCCUUCUUGCCGCUCCAGAGUUCCGCGCCGUGUUUGGAUACACUCAACCUGACGGCACGACGAUCCUUCCAGCUAGAUGGCAAGCAGCCUUCAACACGGUUGCGACGAUUGGUGGAAUGAUAGGAAGUCUGCUUUGUGGUCCUAUCUCGCCCUACGCAGGCCGAAAGAUGAGUUUGACUAUCGCCUGCGUCAUCUCCAGCGGCUCCAUCUUCUUGCAGUUCUUUGCUUUUACUCGGGGAGUGCUCCUCGCUGGAAAGUUGCUUAACGGUAUCUCACUCGGCAUGUUCCUCGUCACGGCUUGUGCCUAUUGCUCUGAAGCUUGCCCUGUCGUGCUGCGCGGAAUCACCAUUGCCAUGGUUAAUCUGUUUGUUGUCAUCGGCCAACUCCUCGGAAACUGCCUCAUCAAGGCAUUCGGUGCGCGAACAGAUAAUUUUGCGUACAGAAUCCCCUUUGCGUUCCAGUGGCUUUUCCCAGCGGUUCUUCUCUGUGGAGUGUGGUUCUGCCCCGAAUCCCCCUAUUGGUACGUUCAAAGGGGUAGGCAUGCUGAGGCCAAACGGUCUCUUGAACGAUUCCAGACUAGCGGAAGCGUCGAUCACUGGCUCGUUGAGAUCCAAGAAACAGUCCGCAUGGAAGAAGAAUCCGCAAAGUCCGCAGGCUAUUUGGAUUGUUUCCGAGGAACUGAUCUCCGUCGAACGAUGAUUGUCAUCGCCGUUUGGACUAUCAACUCUUUUAGUGGUGUCAACUUUGUACUUAGCUACUCCACCUACUUCUUCCAAAUUGCCGGCCUCCCUACAUCACGAUCGUUCGACAUGGGCGUUGGCGUAACUGCCGUUGGUGUUGUCGGAAACAUCUGUUCCUGGUUCGUGAUCAACACCAUCGGCCGCAGAGUCCUCUAUCCCGGUAUGGUGAUUCUCACCAUAAUUGUAUUCAUCAUCGGCAUCCUCGACAUUGUACCGAAUUAUAACUCCUCGAUUGCAUGGGGACAGUGCGUUUUGAUCAUCAUCUGGAACUUCUUCUAUGAUCUCACCCUCGGACCUCUUGGAUACGUUAUCUGCGGAGAGAUGUCUUCAACUCGGUUGCGUUCGUACGGCGUGAGCAUUGGCUUCUUCACGCAGAACUUUUGGACCUUGAUUAUGACCAUCACCGUGCCUUACAUGAUCAACCCUGAUGAAGGUGACCUUCGCGGCAAGACUGGCUUUAUCUUUUUUGCCUUUUCGGUUAUUGCUUCUAUCUGGACUUACUUCUGUUUGCCAGAGACCAAAGGUAGAACCUUUGAGGAGUUGGAUCAUAUGUUUGAGCAGAAAGUUUCGGCGCGGCAAUUUGCCAAGUAUGAUACAAGGCCACAUGUGGCAUAG